CGUCACUCGCCAGAUCCGUACCAUGCUGUACCUCGCGACUGUCGUCCUCGCCGCGGCGAGCUGUGUGAGCGCCCUCACGAGCGACCAGGCGGCCUCGUUCUUCUCGUCGUCGGCGGCGAGCGAUCUCCAAGGCGCGUCGACCUCGCUCCCGCAAUUCGACCUGUCUGUCGUCCAGAACUCGACGCACUCGCUCUUCGUCGUCAACGCGACCUCGACGGCGCCGUCCAGCGUCGGCUGGCUCGCGACGGGCCUCGGUUCGCGCAUGGCCGACGCCGACUUCCUCAUCGUCUGGCCGACCGUCUCGGGCUCGUCCGUCUCGUGGACGCUCUCGCACCGCCUCCCCGACGGCUCGCACGGCAUGCCUCAGCUCGCCUCGACCGACGCGGCGACGGCGACCACCGCCUUCUACACGGUCGUCCCCGAGCUCACGACGUCGGACGCCUCGUCGCCCUACUCGGCUGUCGCCUACGUCCGCCAGCGCGACCCGGGCUCGAGCUACCCGACGGCGAGCGGCGUCACGGCCGCAGCUCUCGGUGCGGCUUCGACCGAGUUCAUCUACGCGUCGUCGUCGCGCAAGCCGAGCACGACGGCCGAGGACGCCGACCUCGCCGAGCACAAUCAGGCCAAGGGCACGACCAAGCUCGACCUGUCGCAGCAGUUCAGCGUCGCCGCCACCGCCGCCGAGGCGUCCGGCUCGUCGGCGAGCGAGGGCGGCGACGAGACGACCGCGAGCCAGAGGAGGAUGUACAUCGCCCACGCGACGCUCGGCUCCCUCGCCUUCCUCGUCUUCACGCCGCUCGCCAUUCUCGUCGCUCGCGUCGGCCGCGACUCGUUCACAUGGUUCCCAGCUCACUGGGUGCUCAAUUUGAUCACGGUGGUUCUCGUCAUCGUCACCUUUGCGCUCGCCACGUACGAGGUGGGCGGCCAAUUCGAGGACUUUCACCACAAGCUCGGCCUGGCCCUCCUGAUCCUCGUCCUCGCCCAAUCGCUCCUCGGCCUCGCGGCCCACUUCACCCGCCACACGCCCCUCACCUCGUCCCGCCCGUCGCUCCGCCCUCCCGUCACGGCCCCGGCCGUCAAGCCUCACGGGCGCACGUUCGGCGUCCCUCGCCUCGUGCACGUCGUCCUCGGCCUCGUCACCAUCACGCUCGGCUGGGUCCAGGUCGGCAACGGCCUCCUCAUCGAGUGGGACGCCAACCUGCCCGGCGCGGGCACGGUCCCUCGCGGCGUCAAGAUCGCCUUCUGGGUCCUCCUCGGCCUGUGGAUCGCGAGCUACGUCGUCGCGUGGGUCGUCGGUGCGGUCGCGAAGCGUGCGGCGAGGGCGAGGGGCAGCGACUCGGGCGAGAGCGUGACGGGGCAGCGCAAGGGCCUCAUGAAGUCGGCGACCUAGAGCGUCGAGAUGGACGUUGCUUUUCCCUUAGCUUGGUCGCGCCUCUUCUCUGUACCACUCUCGUGUAAUCACGCUUGCCGUACCUC